AUGGAGACAAAUCUACAGCAAGUCACCUCCACCGAUUUCAUGGGCCGUUUUUGCAGCAAUCUCGAUCUUCCAGUCACCACACAGGAUUGUGCAGUACACGUCGCGAAGAAAGCCAUCGAGUUUGAUCUGGUUGCCGGACGAAGCCCCGUGUCCGUCGCAGCGGCAGUGAUCUUCCUCACCUCACAGGCUUCUCCAACCAAGAAGACAGCAAAAGAAGUCGCCGAAGUCGCGGGAGCUACAGAAUCUACGGCAUCGGAGCUCUUCCCCGAGGAUUUCAAAUGCACCACCCCACUCCACGCACUUCCGUUC